AUGGCAGGCCGGGGGCUGUUGUCCAACCCGGCCAUGUUCGCUGGCUACAAUGAGACCCCUCUUGAAGUACUGUGGCGGGGGAUCACUCUGAUCAACCAGCUGGCGACGGCGUCUAGCACCACGGCCUCUCUGCAGACCAAGGCAGAGAGUGAUAACCAAACUGCCAAGAAAUACAUGGAGGACAACGAGCUACUGAAACAGGCUCUGAUGGAUGGGAAGGGGAACAAGGCCACAGCAGAGGGAAACAAGCUGCUGAGAAAAGAGAUGGAGAAACUGAGAGGAGAACUGAAGGGCUCAGGGGAAGCCUUGAAAAAGUCUCAAUCCGAGAUGGAAGCUAUGAAGAAACAAUCCGAUGGACUGACCAAAGAAUACGACCGACUGCUGAAAGAACACCAGAAUCUUCAAGAGUGUGGAGACAAAAAGGAUGAUUGAUCGGGGUUAUGACUACAGCUGUCAGAACGUUUACAGAUUGUACCAAGAAACCAG